CCUACUUUCUCGACUUUGCCGGCCCCCGAGAGACUCAACUUGGAAAACUUGGUUUUAGUCUCAUUUAAAGUGUUUAAGUUGUCGGGUUAAGAUUUGUCAAGAUAAAAAAAAAUGGAUUAUUUUUAAAUCAGUGAGGUUAUAUUUAAUUUUUAAUCGAAGAAAAUUCUUUUAAUUAAUUAAUUUUAGGGUUGGCGUUCUUGUUGGAGUUUAAAACCUUUCACGAAAUUCUUAAGAAUCAAAUUCAACGAUGGGGUUAAACAUCAAAGAAGACAUUUAUUUCACCGGUGCUAAAUUAAAAAACAACAACACCAUCAUCAGGGACGUAAUAACAAAUAACAUUGGACAUUUUUAUAAAGACGCCUCUAUUUUUAUAACCGGCUCGACGGGGUUCGUUGGGAAAGCCCUUUUAGAGAAAUUAUUGAGGUCUUGCGACGAUAUCGAUAGCGUUUAUUUAUUAAUUAGGCCUAAAAGGGGGAUGGGGUGUGAACAAAGAUUGAAAGAGCUCCUCAAAAACCCGGUUUUUAAUAAAAUCAAAGAAACAAAUCCGGAAGUCUUAAAUAAAAUAAAAAUCAUCGAGGGCGACGUAUCUCAGCACAAUCUCGGAAUAUCCGAGAUCGACCGUGAAAAACUCGCCGAAAAAUUAACGAUGAUUUUCCAUUCGGCCGCAACGGUCCGUUUUAACGAAGAUUUUAAAACGGCCGUCGUUUUGAACACUUUGGGCACGAAGCGCGUCUUGGAGUUUGGAGCCGAAAUAAAAAAUUUGCAAAGUUUCGUACACGUUUCGACCGCGUACAGUAACGCGGAUAAAAACGACGUGGAAGAAACCGUUUAUAAACCGCCCUUCGAUCCUAGAUCGUUGAUUAAUUGCAUUGAAUUUUUACCCGAAGCCGCUUUGAAAACGCUAGAAAAGGAGGUUAUGGGCGAUCAUCCGAAUACCUACACUUUUACGAAAGCGAUGGCGGAAUUUAUCGUUUGGGAAUAUUCGGCCAAACUUCCUAUUGCGAUCGUUAGGCCAUCUAUAGUUACCGCCGCCUGGCAGGAACCUUUUCCAGGUUGGGUCGAUAACAUAUCAGGAAUAACCGGAAUCAUGAUGGAAAUCGGGCGUGGAAGCAUAAAAAGCAUAAUCGCCGACGAAAAGAACGUGAUGGAUUUGAUCCCGGUGGACGUCGUGGCGAAUACUUUGGUGACAGCGGCUUGGCACACCGUGGCGUAUCGUUCGAAUUCAAUGCGCGUUUACAACUGCACAAGCGGCCAAAUCAACAAAGUUUUAUGGAAAGAAAUCGGGCACUUGACGCAAACUUACGCCAGACAAUACCCCACGAAAUAUUUAAGCUGGUACCCCGGAUUUUCAUAUCGAACCAAUCGAAUCGUACAUUGGAUUUACGCCGUUUUAUUACAACGAGUUCCGGCGUGUAUUUUCGAUUUAAUCCUUUAUUGCACCAAAAGGAAACCGAUAAUGUAUAAGAUUUCAAAAAAAUUCGAACGAGCUUGCAAAACAGGCGAAUUUUUCGCAUUACACGAAUGGAAUUUCCACACCUCGAACAUAAAGGAUUUAGUUGGAGCCGUGGAUAGCGCGGAAGAUGGGAAUCGAUUCAAUAUUGAUAUAAGACGCGAAAACGGAUUUAAUUGGGACCCGUAUAUAAAAGAUUUUAUGUUGGGGAUACGACAGUAUGUUUUAAAGGAUGAUUUGUCGAGUUUACCCAAAGCCAGGGUUAAAUUGAAUUGGUUUUAUUGGGCCAAUCGGUUUAUACAGUUAAGCGCCGUUUAUUUCUUUUUAAAAUUAAUUAUUUUGUAA